UGCAUACAAUACACCUAAGUAUAGCAAACUUUAAUCCUGACAAUGAGAAACGUAUAAGAAGCUUGGCUUUCCUUGCCGUCAUCCUUCUAUUCCCUCGUCCCCCUCAUAUACCCAUUACCCCCUCCCUCCCCUUCCCCCGCCAGAAUGCAACUCUCCCUCUCCACCCUUUUGGGUUUGUUGGUCGUUUAUGCUACGACAAUCAUCUCUGCUGCCGUUGUUCCAUCCCACAUCUACACAGAACGUGGACUUGUUCCACCUCCGCAAGAUGAUGAUUUCUAUAACUCUGCACCAGGUUAUCAAAACGCAAAGAAUGGAGAUGUUUUAAAAUCCCGUCAAGUUGUUAUUGGUAUUUUUGGUUUACUUCCCGAACCUGUUGAAGCAUAUCAAGUUCAAUAUCGUACAGAAUCAGUUAAUCUAACUGCAAUCACUUCGGUAACUACAAUCAUGAAACCAGUUCUUGCAAAAACGGAUAAAUUCGUUUCUUUUCAUACUGCCGAAGACAGUAACGGUCCUCAAUGCGCUCCAAGUUAUACUUAUCGUGUUGGAGCUGAUCAAGAAAGUUUGAUCGUUUCCGUUGAAAAUUUGAUCAUUCAAACAUACCUUUUCCAAGGUUAUAUCGUCAAUGCACCUGAUUACGAAGGACCCGAUAAUGCAUUCGGUGCAGGUAAACUUUCCGGAACGGGUGUCUUGGACAGCAUUCGUGCAGCAAAGAAUUUUGGUAAACAAGUUGGUUUGAUCGCUGAACCUGCAAUCGUUGGUGUUGGUUAUUCGGGCGGUGCGAUCGCAACCGGAUGGGCAGCAGGACUUCAACCAAGUUAUGCGCCUGAUUUGAAUCAAAAUAUAAAAGGUUGGUCUUCAGGUGGAACACCGGCAAAUUUAACUUCAGUAGUUGAAUUGAUCGACGGUACUUUCUUUGCCGGUUUCCUUCCUGCCGCAAUUGCUGGUCUUGCUGCUCCUUCUGCUUAUGGAGCAACUGCCAUUCCCUUGAUUAAUGAAUUGGCAACACCUUAUGGACAAGCAGAGCUGCAAUUUGUAAGAGAGAAUUGUGCAGUUGCUGAUUUGGGUCAUUUUGCAUUCCAAAGUAUUUCUUCUAAGAAGUUCCAAAAGUUAGGUGAUAGAUUCUUGUAUGAUCCUCAAGUUUCUGCUUUGGUUAACAAUCAAACUAUGGGCGUCAAUCCUGCUCAAAGACCAACUGCCCCAGUCCUACUCUAUCACUCUCUCAAUGAUGAAAUUAUUCCUUAUGCACCUGCUGUAAAGUUGUACGAAAGCUGGUGCAGUCAAGGAUCGGCCGUUCAAUUUGUUGAAUUAGCAAACGGUGGUCACAUCACAGGAGAAAUUGCAGGUGUUGUUUUGGGCAAUCAAUUCGUCAAUGAUGCAUUUGCCGGAAAGGUGGCCACUUCAGGUUGUUCAAAGAAGACUGAAUUAACUUCAAUUUUGAACCCAUUGGCUUUGGGUGCCUCUUUGGAACCAAUCUUGUUCCAAUUGAUCAACCUUUUGGGUGAAGCAGGUGAAAAUGAUAGCAAUAUCAAAGCUAAUCCAAGUAUCUUUACCAACCCUCCAAAAACUCAAUAAGGAUUUCACAUGUUCUCAUCAUCUCGGAUAGCAGUAUUUUGUAAC